AUGAGGCGAACUCAAUCUCCCAUCGUAGGCAUACGCCAUUUGCAGUCGCUGCUGCUGUUUAUUAUUAUAACUGUAAACUAUAUAGCGCGUCUUAAUGUUGGCGUUGCCGUCGUCGCCAUCACCAAUGCCGCUAGCUCCAAUCCGGAUUUUACGCAAUACAACUGGACAGAGGCUGAGAAAUCCUACAUACUCUCGAGCUUCUUUUGGGGCUAUAUAAUAACUCAAUUUCCCGCUGGCUUCUUGAUGCGUCGCUUUGGCGCCAAGACGAUGAUUGCCGCGCUGACGCUGCUAACACCCACGGCUAUUGGUUGGGGCGGCUGGCAGGCUUAUGUAGCGCUACGUGCUAUACAGGGCCUGAGCCAAGGUCUAAUAUUUCCUUGUGUGCAUCAGCAUUUGGCCAAAUGGUCGCCGCCCAAGGAACGCAAUCGCCUGGGCGCGUUUGCCUACUCGGGUGGCUACUGUGGCGCAGUGUUGGCCAACUUUUUAACUGGCUUUAUAGCAAGCAGCGCUUGGGGCUGGCCAGGCAUUAGCUAUGUCUCGGCGGCGCUAUUAAUUGUGGGCGUGCUGCUUUGGCUGCUGCUCAGUGCGGACAAUGCGCCCAGCAGUCGACUCAUUGGUAAGCUGGAGCUGCAGCAUAUAGAGUCAUCCAUGAAUCGUGUGCAGGGUUUUCACGCUCAAAAGAUUCCCAUACUCAGCUCGGCGCCUUUUCUAGCGCUCAUUGUUUCGGCUGUGGCGCAAGGCUGCGCCAACUCCAUUAUACAAGCGCAGACGCCUUCCUAUAUGCACGGCGUGCUGCAAAUGAACAUCAAGAGCAACGCUGUGUACUCUGCGCUGCCCUUAUACGUAUACUUGAUCAUUGCCGACAUUAUUAUCGCGCGGCGUUGGCUCAAACAAACUGCGCUCUACAAAACGUUCAAUACUUUGGGCACGUGGGGACCCGCGCUCAUCUUGGUUGCCAUUGGCUUUCUGGACCAGACACAACAGUCGCUGGCGGUGACGCUUUUUGCGCUCAAUGCGGGCUUAUAUGCUGGCUGCGAUAUUGGCAGCAAGCUCAUCAUAACAGAUCUGUCGCCCAAUCAUACGGCCAUACUUAUGGCUCUGGCAAAUGGCAUUAGCCUCAUCUUUCCAGUGCUGGCGCCACUGCUGGUCGGCGUUAUUGUUACAGAUACUACUUCGCGCUUGUAUUGGCAAAUUGUUUUUGCUUUGACGUCGCUUAUAUUUUUCCUGGGCAACUUGAUUUACAUUAUUUGGGGAUCUGUUGAAACGCAGCCCUGGGAUGCAGUGGACUUUCUACAGCAAACUAAACAAAGAGCAAGAAGAAGAAGUUCACAAUAA